AUGUCUUAGAAACCGAAGUUUAAUUAGAUCAUAAGUGUUAAUGGUGACAUUCAUCAUCAAUCUAUUAUGUCACCUAUUGAUCAUAGAUGUGUGAAAAGAUAAAAAAAAGUCACUUUUGACAAUUAUGCUCUUUAUCUUUAAUUUCGAGCAACUGACUGUCCUAGUGAAGUGAAUAUUACCCUUUAAAAACACAAUUAAUAGACAUCAAUCUCAAUAAGUACCUGA